UUCAAAAGAAUAGAGGCAAGAUUACAUGGUCCACUUAAAUGAACCAAAUCGAAAUAAUUCAGAAACAGAUACCAAUGCCACAUGCAUGAACAAAAUUAAAUAAUUCAGAAACAGAUAGCAGCGCCACUUACAGGUGGCAGAUUGACACAAGUUGAUAACAUGGUCCAAACUCAGAUUGACACAAAUUCAGCUACAUGUAGCAAACUGACUAACACUCAGAUUACAUGUUCCAAACUGACAAUUACUACCAAAUUGAGAGAACGUGUAGCAAACUGGUAAACAUGAUGGCUUUAGCACCUUGUACCUACAAUUAGACAACUCUAUGUCUAUCAUCGUAUAAAGAAAAGAAAUCAACACAUUAAGGCAGCCCAAGGAACCACAAUUCUGAUCUAAAAAAUCAUAAUGUGCCCUCCAUUCACCACCGUACUAAUGAAAUCAAGAGCAAAAUGUGCCCCAAGAAGCCCACAAUUCUGAUUGCAACAACACAGUGCGUCUCCUAUUCGCCAAAGAGAAACAAAUAAUGAAACGCCUCUAUCACCAAUCUCUCAAGUCUCAAGCUGCAGAAGUAGAAGUAGAAGUAGAACAUCAGGCAAGAAUGCAGAGGGAGCCAUACUUGAUUUCAAGCCCACAAUUUUGAAGUAGAACAUCAGCUGUGACCCAGCAUGCGCCAGAAGUUUUCACUGCUUUCUUUUGGAAACCGCCGUAUGCCUACCAUGCUGUAAGGACUUGCACACGCUUGCCUGUAUACCAGUAUCGUUUUUCACUGCUUUGUCUGAUGAAAACACACGAUCUCACAUGUCUGUUUCUGGAUAAUGCCCUUGCUGCCCGACCAACAUGCGGGGUUGAUGCGUACUUUCUCUUGUGCACAAAUGUUGUCUUGCUAGAACACUGCCUGUGCAAAUGUGAAAUGGUUCCCCCGGUAAAGAAUGAUUCCAUGCAAAACGCAAAUCGACUUCCUCUCUUUCUCAAACUUUCUGUGGAAGUAAGAUAUCAAUCAACAGGCAGGUAGCUCAAGUUCCCUGUAUGUGGGGCCCCCUCCCGCCAGCUCC